UCCUUCUUCGAUCACCGUUGCGAAUGGAACCGACGGUAAUGCCGCCGGAGUCUCAAUUCGAAGAGGAAUUUGUUCACGUGGAUGAGCCAAGGCCUCUCGGAGAUAUCUCGGUGAAGGAUGAGGAGAAGGAGGAGCUGCACGAUGAGUGGAAAGCCAAGGAGGAGGAGGAAGAACAUAGCGAUUCCGGUUCAGUGAUAACCGGCGUCGAUUCGAUCGUUGGUUCUGGUGACGAUGAUAACUGCGUUCGACCGGAUUACGGAGAGCGUCCGGUGGAGACGGCGAAGCUGGAGCUGCCUGAGGAAUUCGCGGAAAGCGUUAUGGUUCUAACGUGCGAGUCCAACGACGAGGGUGGAUCUUGCGACGUAUAGUUGAUUGGCACUGCUCAUGUCUCACAGGAAUCUUGCCGAGAAGUUGAAGCUAUAGUCAGCUUCAUGAAGCCACAGGUCGUCUUCGUUGAGCUGUGUCCAAGCCGAUUGUCUGUUCUCACGCCUCAGGCUUUGAAGGUUCCGACCAUGUCGGAAAUGAUAGACAUGUGGAAGAAGAACCAUAACACAUUCGGAAUAGUUUACGGAUGGUUUCUUGCAAAGAUCGCCAGCAAGCUUGAUGUUUUACCUGGUGCUGAGUUUCGUGUGGCAUAUGAGGAGGCAAACAAAUAUGGUGGCAAGGUGAUUCUAGGUGACCGUCCAGUACAGGUCACGUUAACAAGGACAUGGGCUAAAAUGCCUCUAUGGCACAAAGUAAAGUUUUUGUACAGCUUAGUGUCUCAAGCUGUCUUUCUCCCGAGCCCUGAGAAACUUGAGAAGAUGCUGAAAGAUAUGAACGAUGUGGAUAUGCUAACAUUGGUGAUUCAAGAAAUGAGCAAGGAAUUUCCAUCUCUCAUGGAGACACUUGUGCAUGAGCGAGAUAAGUACAUGGCAUGUAUGUUGUUAAGAGUUGCAAGUGAGCAUAGCUCGGUGGUAGCAGUUGUUGGUAGAGGGCAUCUUCAAGGGAUCAAGAAGAACUGGAAUCAACCUAUUAAUAUGAAGGAUCUGUUGGAGUUGCCGACGAAUAAAUCGAUUUUUAGUGUAAAGAAAAUCUUGAAAUCUCUGGCGAUUGUAGUCGCCGGGACAGCCAUAGUUUCCCGCAUAUAUCUUGCAACCAGAAGUUAAAUCAUUUCAAGGCAGAGAUAGUUUCUCAUGAGAACAAACAGGAAAAAAGUUAGACGCAAUAACAGAUGAUUUACAUAGAUUUUCAGUAAUUGUUAUAAUCUAUGUUGUCAUCAAUUUCUUUUAUUUUUGGUUAAUCGGUUGAAUAGUUUCAUCACAGAUACAAAUCAUUUUUGUUUG